GCGCUACUGCGGUCCGCUUGAGGCCUAUGUUGAUCUUUGAAAAGCAGCAUGCUGAUAUCCUGGUCGAGGCGCUAGAAAAGGUUGUCUCGAGCUGAUUGGGUUGUGGGCUGUUGGCUUGUUGAACCGAUGCGAUGGGUUUCCUUAGACGGUCUCUGAACUACACGAUAAACCAGAGGGGGGGGGGGAUAAUAUGGCUGGGAAUAUGGAUUGCUUGCGUGAUUCGGACGCGUAUGAAUUUACGAAGGGAAUGCGAGAGAGGGGAAAGGAACAGUGAAAUGGGUGGAUGGAUGGAUGGAGGUCAUCCCGUCUCUCGGGAAAAUGUGGUUAUAUUGAUCCGGGUACUACUAUACCUGCUUACCUUACCUUACCUUACCUUACCUAUUUCGCUUAUAUCUGACUUGGUUUGGUGUACCUACGCGUUACGUAGGUGCUUGUCAGCUUCGCUAUUAAUGAAACGGAUAUUCGAGACGAAUGUUGUUACACGCGAGAGGAUUACUCAAGUUUGCGUGGGGGAUGAAAUAUGAAAGCGCUUUGAAUUGAAUCGAUACCGAGUUCGGUUGUCAGCUCGUCCCGUCAUGGCAGUCAGAGAGAGGUAAUAAUGGUUAUUAUAGAUUGCACAUUGUGUGUUCUUUAGAAAUAGUAUAAACUCAAAGAUUACCACCUACGUUCCGGCUUCGCUGGUAAUCGAAU